ACCACCAUAAUAACAUCCAGACCCUCACCAACUACUUCUACAACCACAUCAACCCCCACAAGUGAAUCCACCACCUUGUCUACUUCUACAACCACUCCCACACAUAGCACCACAAUCACUUCAACAAGCUUGACCACAAGUACUGCCGAGACUCUCACCUCAUCACCCACCAUGAGUGCCACAACCACCACGGCAACAACUAACCAUAUGAGCACACCACAACCCUCCAGCACAAUCACAACAUCAACUACUCCCAACACCAGUACUAUGGUUAGUACAGGCCAGACCACAACCAGUACUGAGACUCCUACUACAACAGCCACCAGCAUAAUAACAUCCAGCCUGUCAACAAUUCUUUCUACAACCACAACAACCUCCACAAGUGAAUCUACCACCUUGUCAAAUCCUACAACCACUCCAACACAUAGCACCACUGUCACUUCAACAAGCCUGACAACAACCACCACCGAGACGCCCACAUCAUCAUCCACAAUGAGUGCCUCACCGACAAUCGCAACAACUAGCCAAACUUCCACACCUCAGUCCUCCACCACUACCCCAACUACUUCCAGUGCCAGCACCACAGUAAUGACAAGUGAGACCACCACCAUCCUUGAGACUCCCACAACAACAACUAUGACCACAAUCACAUCCAGCCCCUCAACAACCACUUCUACAACCAUAACUACCCCCACAACUGAAUCUACUACCUUGUCUACUCCUACAACCACUCCUACACAUAGCACCACUGUCACUCCAACAAGCCAGACCAUCAGAACCGAGACUCCCACCUUAUCACACACCACAAGUGCCACAACUACCAGUGAAACAACUAGCCAAAUAUCCACACCUCAGUUCUCUACUACAACCUCAUCUACUACCAGUGCUAGUUCCACGGUUACUAUAAGUCAGACCACAUCAAGCACAGAGACUUCCAGCAUCACAAGCACAACCAGUCCCUCACCAACUACUUCUACAACCACACCAACCCCAACAAGUGAACCCACCACGAGUACCGCAACUACCACUGCAACAACUAGCCAAACUUCCAUACCUCAGUCCUCCUCCACAACCUCAACUACAUCCAGUGCCAGCACCACAGUAACGACAAGUGAAUCCACCACAAGUGCUGCAACUACCACUGCAACAACUAGCCAAACUUCCACAUCUCAGUCCUCCACCACAACCCCCACUACGUCCAGUGCCAGCACCACAUCGAUGACAAGUGAAUCCACCACGAGUGCUGCAACUACCACUGCAACAACUAGCCAAACUUCCACACCUCAGUCUUCCAUCACUACCCCAACUACUUCCAGUGCCAGCACCACAUCGAUGACAAGUGAGACCACAACGAGCACAGUAACUCCCUCUGUUACAAGCACAACUAGUCCCUCAUCAAUGACUUCUACAACCACACCAACCCCAACAAGUGAACCCACCACGAGUACCGCAACUACCACUGCAACAACUAGCCAAACUUCCAUACCUCAGUCCUCCUCCACAACCUCAACUACAUCCAGUGCCAGCACCACAGUAACGACAAGUGGGACCACCACCAUCACUGAUACUCCCACGACAACAACCACGACCAAAAUCACAUCCAGCCCUUCAAUAACCGCUUCUACAACCACACCAACUCCAACAACAGGUGAAUCCACCAUGAGUGCUGCAACUACCACUGCAACAACUAGCCAAACUUCCACACCUCAGUCUUCCAUCACUACACCAACUACUUCCAGUGCCAGCACCACAUCGAUGACAAGCGAGACCACAACGAGCACAGUAACUCCCUCUGUCACAAGCACAACUAGUCCCUCAUCAACUACUCCUACAACCACACCAACCCCAACAAGUGAACCCACCACGAGUACUGCAACUACCACUGCAACAACUAGCCAAACUUCCAUACCUCAGUCCUCCAGCACAACCUCAACUACUUCCAGUGCCAGCACCAUAUCGAUGACAAGCGAGACCACAAUGAGCACAGUAACUCCCUCUGUCACAAGCACAACUAGUCCCUCAUCAGUGACUUCUACAACCACACCAACCCCAACAAGUGAACCCACCAUGAGUACUGCAACUACCACUGCAACAACUAGCCAAACUUCCACAUCUCAGUCUUCCAUCACUACCCCAACUACUUCCAGUGCCAGCACCACAUCGAUGACAAGUGAGACCACAACGAGCACACCAAACUUCCAUACCUCAGUCCUCCUCCACAACCUCAACUACAUCCAGUGCCAGCACCACAUCUUCCAUCACUACACCAACUACUUCCAGUGCCAGCACCACAUCGAUGACAAGCGAGACCACAACGAGCACAUCUUCCAUCACUACCCCAACUACUUCCAGUGCCAGCACCACAUCGAUGACAACCAAACUUCCAUACCUCAGUCCUCCUCCACAACCUCAACUACAUCCAGUGCCAGCACCACAGUAACGACAAGUGGGACCACCACCAUCACUGAUACUCCCACGACAACAACCACGACCAAAAUCACAUCCAGCCCUUCAAUAACCGCUUCUACAACCACACCAACUCCAACAACAGGUGAAUCCACCAUGAGUGCUGCAACUACCACUGCAACAACUAGCCAAACUUCCACACCUCAGUCUUCCAUCACUACACCAACUACUUCCAGUGCCAGCACCACAUCGAUGACAAGCGAGACCACAACGAGCACAGUAACUCCCUCUGUCACAAGCACAACUAGUCCCUCAUCAACUACUCCUACAACCACACCAACCCCAACAAGUGAACCCACCACGAGUACUGCAACUACCACUGCAACAACUAGCCAAACUUCCACAUCUCAGUCCUCCACCACAACCCCAACUACUUCCAGUGCCAGCACCACAUCAAUGACAAGUGAGACCACAACGAGCACAGUAACUCCCUUUGUCACAAGCACAACUAAUCCCUCAUCAACUACUUUUACAACCACACCAACCCUAACAACAGUCAUCCACCACAACCCCAACUUCUUCCAGUGCCAGCACCACAUCGAUGACAAGCGAGACCACAACGAGCACAUCUUCCAUCACUACCCCAACUACUUCCAGUGCCAGCACCACAUCGAUGACAAGUGA